UAUCAUAAUGGGAUGUUACAUGAGGUGGCACAUAUAUAUUCCCGAUAUAUAUUUUAUGACGUCACUAGCGUAAAUACCAUAUUGGUCUUAUUGAAAUUGCUGCAUCAAAUUGUCUUGUUGAAAGAUAAGAUUCAUUCAUAUUACAAUAUAUUAUUCAUGGUAUCUAAAAGAUGUGAUUUGUAUUAUUCCAUAAUAUACUUUAAAGAUACGUUUUAG